AGUUCAAGGAUUUUUCAACGUCGGAGUUUGCACGAAGCCGUUAUCCACAAUUAUCAAGUUCGGUCACUCGUCGACGGAUAUGUAAAUAGCUUCAGCAGCCAGGAAACCAGGAAACCACGAGAACGAAGCUUCGUAAUCGUCUGUCUCUGACCUGCAGUACUAUUUGCUCAUUUAACAAAGGCACGCUGGUUAUAUGUGAGAAAUGUGGCAAUGCUUAUGGGCGCUUUUCGUUGUUCUGGCAUGCGUGUCAGGCGAGUACUUGAUGGGAGGCCAUCUGGAUAACAAUGCUGGAGUAAAAUCCCGAGCUGAAAAGAUCAACGACAAUCCCCCCACGUUAGGACGUAAAAGACAUGUAGACGACCUUGACCCGGAUCUCGUGGCGGAGGAGAGCACAGUUGGCGCUGUCGCUGUCGCUACCGCGUCUUCUGCUUUAACCGACAACGACGUUCCACGUUACCAUAUCCCGUUUCCUCUCGCCUUCAAUGGAGGUAAGCCGUUUUCUUUAGAGAAGGACCCGAUAACCGGUAAGAUCGACUUCGAGAAAGCAUCACCUGUUAGAGCUCUCAACUAUACCAGCCGUUAUCACGAGUACGAGAAGAAAGAGAGCGAAAAUACUUCGAAAGAAACUGACGGCGAGGAAGACACGUAUAUGGAGCAUGGAAAGAUCAAAGAUAAUGAACACGAUGACGUCAGUCCAAACGAGAUCAACACUUAUACAGUCAAUUUUCACGAUUUCUUAAACUUGCCUAUCAACUAUUCCUCGGAUAAAUACGGUAAUAACAAGUAUCCGUUGAUCUCAAGUUCGUACGCGAAUACGAAGGUGCAAAGUGGCUCUAACAGUUACAGCACGUACAAUCAUAGACCUUAUCAUAUUGAGAGCGACUCGUAUACACAACCCACUAGGAAUCCUUACGCAUCAAUGACGAGAACAAGCACACACAGAACUACAGUUAUCAAUGAUUACAAAGCGAAACCGUCGACUAUUAUAUACCCGUCGCCAAUUACACUUUCUACAACUAAGGCGCCUGUUGUAACCACAUGGAAGCCAUCUACUACCCCAUCAGCAUUAAAUCCCAUCAAUCGCACUAUCGCAGAGAAAAAGAACGAGGAGAAUUUACUGCCGACAGAGCAGUUGCAAAUUUCCAGCCACGUCGAAACUUACAAAAAUCCGAACAAUGUUCCGACACAUGAAACUCUGAAGGAUGAGACAAUGGAGAAGACGCAGACUGUUAAUCGCUACAAAAAUCAACCGCCUCACAACAAUUUCGUACUGUACCAUGCAGAAUUGGAAGCGAAGCCAUCGGCGCAACACGAAGAGUACAAAGAUUCUUACGACAUUUAUGAAUCACUAGAUGAAGGCGAAGGUGAGGGAGAGGUUGAGAUCGAAGGUGAAGGUGAGGCCAAUGGCGACGGCAAGGACAGCAGUGACGGUGAUAGUGAGGAGAACGAUUAUAUUUUCCAAGAUUCAUCGAGGAAACACAUUACGUCGACACCUUCCACAAUUACUGUCAAUGCAAUGCUUUCGACGACAACCACCAAUAUGGCUACCGCAUUAUUGGAAAGUACAACGUCAGCUGCUACUACAAUCGCACCUUCCGGAUCUUCCACGCAGCGCAUGUUUCAAGAGGACCUUGCGAGCAACUCACUACGACCUUCGAUAAUGCCGCAACAUCCAGUCAUUUCUUCGUCUUUAAGUAACGAUCCAGGACAAAGCAUUACUGAGCGUUACGACUCGAAUAUGAGUCACGCAUAUAAAUCGGCGAUCAAGCCUGGACAAGACAGAGUAGGAGCUGGGAUGGUGGUAGAAAGCACAAGUAAUAUCGUAAUCCCGCCGGAUCAGGAUACCGUGUCUUUCGUUUUAGGAAAUCGUCAGAACGUUGAGGGUGGUUAUUAUUCAGUUGGAACUGCCAUCGGAGAGAAUCCGUACGGCAGUUUAUCGGACAUCGAGACCUCGUUCUGGCCACUUCGUAAUAACCCAUACGACCCCACGAAGGAAAUUAAACACGAGCAACCACCCGCUUCCGUCGUAGCACCGAGUCCUGAUCGCAUUGUACAAAAAUGGUGGCCACCUGGCAGCGGCGCCCUAAAAGGCAGCAACGAGCUUGAACCGCCGAGAUCUCAAAUUUCCUUUGCUGCUACUUCAAUCGCGACGACUGACACGAAAAAUCGACACGAGGAGAAGGACACGGACUACAUUACUUUCCCAGAUGUUGAAACGAAAGGCAAGGAUGCGACGAUAAAGGAACAUAUCGUCAUCGUGAACGAGGCAGAUGACAAUAUGCGCGAGUUACCACCCAAGGCAACCUUGACAACAACAACGACUUUAAAGACGACGAUGACAACAAUGGCGACGAAUAAAACGAAGAUCAAUCUGCCCGCUGUCAACGCUAGCGGGGAUUUGCCACAGCUCGCGGAAAAUUUGAUGCCACCCGCGGAGGGCUCCAGACCACCGCCGUACUAUUAUCAUUACCAGCACGAUACAUUACGAACGGACCAUACGAGACCACAAAGGUUACCCCCGCCAUCACGCGUUAAGCCACACUCAGGAUUCUCGGGACCUCCACUGGACGUGAACACGAGAAGACGUCCGUAUGCACCAGACGUGAAACUACCGAAUAUCCUGCCCCAAUUUCGUCCUAACGCAAAGGCAUCGCACGGUCAUCGCUUCGGCUCGGAUGUAAUAGGAACAAUGUCAGCUGCACAAAGCUUGCCUACCAGAAUUAGACAACCGUUACAAAAUCACCCGUCGUCACGGAGACCUCUCCCCCCGCCACCUCUAUACCUUCAGCGACUAAAUCCUCCACCACCGCCGAUUCACGCGGUCAGGCUAGCUUUUGUGCCGACUUCGAAGGUGGACAACGUUGCUUUACCUCACGAAACUGAACCGACGAUACGAAAGUUUCGUCCUCCGCAGGUAUCAUUGAUUGCACGCGGAGGCACGGAAGAGAAUGCCCCACCGAAGUCAUUCGAUCGCGUGACAGACCAGGAUGAGAGCGAGAGCAAGACGCAGGAUCGGAGUAAGAGUGAGAUCGUGGACGAACGCGAGGACGACAGCUCAGAAAGAUACCCCGAGGAACCGCCGAUGACACCACCGAGGCCGCCCCUGUUCCCCAAGCGUAGAACGGCGGAUCCCCUGCACGUUACGACUCUGCAAAUGAUACAACAUCAUGGUGAGCUCGCUAACAAUGACGAAAACAAUGAAGACGAGGCUGCGCUCACGCAACCCGUGGAACCUGUACUCGCGCACCAAGCGGAGCGUAGAAAGUCGGAUAAUCACGAUUCGUUAGAAAUAGCCCAGCAACCUGUAUAUGUUGUAUACCCGGUCAACAGUGCGGUUAACAUACAUCCAGACGAUCCUGAAGAAAAAGAUGACGACGGCAGUGUCGUCGUAGGUACGCGAGGGCCUCACCGGCCACUACCACCCGAUACUCUGCUUCAGGACGAGCGAGAGAAGAUCUACACAGUCUACAAUGGCAGACCCGUGCCAGUCGCUUUGGACUUCCCGUAUCCUUUGGAGCAUCCCGAUCCGGCGUCAAUGUUUCCCGUCGCUGGUACGAAAGAGACGCCUCUAUUGGUACCUAGCGAACAACGGCAACAACAAACCGCUCCUAUAGUCGCGAGCGAGCGGGAGAAUGAGAGAGACGAACAGGACGCGACGAAUGUAAUCCCGUACUUGCAAGAUUUUCUUCCGUUUCAAAAGAAGAACGACGCGGCAAUUUCCGUGACACUGCACCGCACAGCGCCGAUCUUGACGUCAGCAUCGGCGACAGCGACGACGUUAACGUCAUCGUCGACGCCGACGUCAUCGCCGAUGUCAACAUCAACGGUGACAUCGACACCGAUGCCGAUCGCUUACGUUUACACACCGGCACACGCAUAUCCGGCUCAUCAUCUCGAUGACGACGCGGACACUGCCGCGAAUAUCGAUUCAACGGCAACGGUGUUGCUACCUUCACAGCAACCAUCUAGCUCUUCCAGUUCGGCACCAGCACCACAGAACUUUAUGGCUCCUUUUGUUGCUAGUAUAAGCGCCGAGGCACCUAGCAAAAAUGGUUGGAACGUCGUCGUUGUUGAACCAUCCUUGGAAACGGACAAGUCCGAUGGCGAUAACGAUGAUACGAAGCUUGCCAGCUCAGACAUGGAUUCGCACACCGAGAAGAGCGACUUCGAUGUCGACAACUUCAAGCCGCAACUCUUUGGUGGAUUUAAGCCAAUUUAUGAGUUUCCCACGGAAGACGUGGAACGUCGUGACGAGACGAACAUCGAUGCGGACACGUCGAGGCAUUCCAAGAAACUGACCGUACCUGAUAAAAGAUAACUUUAUUCUAGGGAACGUUUCGUUUCGUGCCUUGCUCGCACUUUUUAUUAUUCUUGACGUGUACUCACGAAAACUCUUAGACAAUAACGAAAGCACAACGUGCAUGUGCAAUAGGGAGGAUGAAAAACGAAAGUUUCUGCACGCUGCCCAACGAAACGAUAUAUUUAUAUAACAGAGUUAAUUUAAAUAAUAAAAGACUGUUCCGUCCAUUCCUAUUAGGAGUGUGCUCAAAGAUAAUUCCUACUUUUAAAGAGCCAAUUUAAUCGUUAGAGUAAUAAUCGUUGAGUCACAAGACAUCUUACGUGGACAACUUAUAAAUUCUGCCUACAAAGAAGGUACGACGUUACCUUUGAUAUUGUCCCGCUGAAUCAAUGUAAUUUUUCAUAAUUGCAAACACUAUAUUAGUCACGAAAGAAAACCGGGAAAAUAUUUUGAAUUCAAAGAUUUUCGGAUUUCUUUCAAAGGAAAGUAAAUUGUCUUUGAGCAAUAUUUUAUGCCUUAACAUUCUGUUGUAUCGCGCAGAAUGUUGCGUUAUAUAUGUACUGAUGUAUAAUUUACUGUAAUUAAAUUAUUAAUAUCUGUUAAGGCCUGCCUGAUGGAUAGUAGCACCCAACUAUCGAUGUAACUGAAUAUGGAAGGAAGAAUAUACGCUGCGUGUUGACGUACGCGCAAUAUACCAGGAGGACCAGAGUAAAUUGA